AAGAGAGAGAGGCAUAAGGAGCAGGGAAGGCGAGAGAGUCCCAGAGCGGCCCUGCCUUGGGCCCCUCGGCUCAUGGGGCCCGCAGUUUGGCUUGUAGUGGCCUUGCCUCACCUCAGCGAAUGCUGAGCACAGUGAUAUGGAGCCUGUGGAGCGCAAGGCGGACAGUGCCCGGAAGGACACGGCGUUGUGGGGGGGUGCCCCCCAAUAUGACUAUGUCCAGUUUGAGCAUUGCACCACUUAUGGGAUCCCAUCGGAGGUGGGGCACGAGACCGGGGGGACUGGGGACGUCAAGCAUUGCCAAGAGAAGGCCUUCAACCACGCUCAGCUGUAUGGCCAGUACACAGACCAGCUGCCCGACCUGUCUGAGGAGGAAGCAGCCCAACUCCUGAGCAGAAAAAAGCCCCAAGGCAAUGGCCAGAGCUCUCCGAAGAGGAGCAGUCAGGCUGAAAUCAAGGAGGAGCGUUACUCCAAGUGUCACGCUUGUGCUAAACGCGUCCAGAAAUAUGUCACCAAGAAGUUGGGGGAAGACUGGAUAUUCCUGGUUCUCUUGGGCCUUGUCAUGGCCUUGGUGAGCUGGGGGGUGGAUUACACCAGUGCCAAGAGCCUGCAAGCUUAUAAGUGGAUGUACAAAGAGCUGCACCCGAGUGUCCCGAUGCAGUACCUGGCCUGGGUCACCUUCCCCCUCAUCCUCAUCCUCUUUGCUGCCGUCUUCUGCCAGCUGGUCUCUCCGCAAGCUGCGGGCUCUGGGAUCCCCGAGCUCAAAACUAUUAUGAGGGGAGUAGUUCUCAAGGAAUACCUCACGCCUAAAGCUUUUGUCGCCAAAGUUGUAAGCCUAACAGCAGGUCUGGGAAGCGGGAUUCCUGUUGGGAAAGAGGGCCCCUUUGUGCACAUUGCUAGCAUCUGCGCUGCUGUGCUCAGCAAGUUCAUGUCCAUCUUUUGCGGCGUAUACGAGCAGCCAUAUUAUUACACAGAUGUCCUGACUGUGGGAUGUGCCGUUGGGGUUGGCUGUUGUUUCGGGACUCCCCUUGGAGGGGUUCUCUUCAGCAUUGAAGUAACUUCCACCUACUUUGCUGUCCGGAACUACUGGCGCGGGUUCUUCGCAGCCACGUUCAGUGCCUUCGUUUUCCGGGUCUUUGCUGUCUGGAACAAAGAUGCAGUCACCAUCACAGCCCUGUUCCGAACAAACUUUCGAAUGGAUUUUCCUUUUGACUUGCAGGAGCUGCCCGCCUUUGCUGUCAUAGGGAUCUGCUCUGGCUUCCUGGGAGCGUUUUUUGUUUACUUCCAUCGGCAAGUGGUUUUGUCUGUCCGACGACAUAAAUCUCUAAGUAAAUUCCUAACCAAAUACCGCCUUGUAUAUCCCGGUGUGAUAACCUUCGUGAUAGCAUCUGUGACAUUCCCGCCAGGCUUUGGGCAGUUUAUGGCUGGAGAGCUGAUGCCCAGAGAGGCCAUUAGCAGCCUCUUUGAUAACUACACUUGGGUCAAGCAUACAGAAGAUCCCCAGAUCCUGGGGAAGUCUGCAGUCUGGAUCCAUCCCAAAGUCAGUGUGUUUGUGAUCCUCCUCCUUUUCUUCCUCAUGAAGUUCUGGAUGUCUGUCGUCGCCACUACCAUGCCGAUCCCCUGCGGAGGCUUCAUGCCUGUGUUUGUGCUGGGGGCUGCCUUUGGACGCCUAGUGGGUGAAAUCAUGGCCUGGCUUUUCCCUGACGGGAUCCUCUUUGAUGGCAUUGUUUACAAAAUCUUACCUGGAGGUUAUGCCGUGAUUGGUGCUGCAGCUCUGACCGGUGCAGUCAGCCACACAGUGUCCACAGCCGUGAUUUGCUUUGAGCUGACGGGGCAGAUCUCCCACAUCCUGCCCAUGAUGGUGGCCGUCAUCCUGGCCAACAUGGUGGCUCAGAGUUUGCAGCCCAGCCUCUAUGACAGCAUCAUCCAAGUGAAGAAGCUGCCCUACUUGCCAGACUUGGGCUGGAAUCAAAUCAGCAAAUACAACAUCUUUGUCGAGGAUAUUAUGGUGUGUGAUGUAAAAUUCAUCUGGUCUAACUGCAAAUACCGGGAUCUGCAGGCACUGCUACACGGCACCACCGUCAAGACCUUUCCUUUGGUGGAUUCUCCAGAAUCCAUGAUUCUCUUGGGCUCAGUGGAGCGGCCGGAGCUGCAGGGUCUUCUGCUGAGGCACCUCAGUCCAGAGCGACGUCUGCACCUGGCCAAGGAAAUGCUGCAGAAGCCAUCCGACGAGACGCCUGCAUGGAAGCACGAAUCCUUCGCUUUUGUGGAUGAGGAUGAGGAUGAAGAAGAGAAGGCCGAAGUGCCUCCGCUGCCCCCAUUAGCCUCCAGUCAUCCUGAAGAACCCAACGGCCCCGUGACGCCUCACCAGGCUUUGCCAGAGAGGCUGACUCCUCGGGAGACUCCAGGCGGGAGGUUCUGGCGACUGAUGCAGCAGCUCCUCUGCUUUCACCGUCCUCCCCCUCCCCCAGAGCCAGCUGAGCAGGAUUCAGCAGACGUCAUAGACACGAUGAAGCCAGAGGAGAUAGAAGCUUGGGAGGAGCAGGAACUGGAGAAAGAGGUGUGUUUUGACAGCUGCCGCAUAGACCCUUCUCCCUUCCAGCUGGUGGAGAGGACAUCCCUGCACAAGACGCACACCCUGUUCUCUUUGUUGGGCCUCACCCACGCCUGCGUGACCAGCAUGGGGAAGCUGAGAGGCGUGGUUGCGCUAGAAGAGCUCCAGAAAGCAAUUGAGGGCUCCACAAGCUCCGGUGUCCAACUGCGGCCCCCCCUUGCCAGCUUCCGUGAUGCCACCCGGACCUUGACCAAGGAGCAGACUAAAUGGGCCUCACAGACAUGGAACAAGUCCAACAGCCACGUGGCACCUGUGGGAACCACAGCAGACUCAGAGAUGGACAUCCCAGUGGCCCCCAGUUGUCCAUGCCCACAACCACCUCCCAGCCCAAAGCACGGGAAAGGGAUACGCUCCAUAUCAGUUGCCGAUAUGGAACUGGAGGAAAUGGAGCGGACUGGCCCAGCUGAUGAGAACAUCUCAGACAUCCUCAAGGACCUUGAGCUGCACUCCUCAGAUCUGACUGAGGAUGAUGAGGAUGAUGAUGUGCCACUAUAGUUGUGCAGGGAAGGGGGUAUAACUCACCUUCUUCGCCAAGCUACCCCUGCUACACUUUUGCUUCCCGAGGAACCCUAUGGCCUGCCUCUCCAGCUCUUGCUGAUGGUGACCCACGCUGGAGGAUUAUGGCUAAGUGGACUUGCUCUCUCUCCUGCCUCUUUCAUUAUGUGCAGGGUCUGUCGGAGGAACCUGAGCUGGAGGAGCGUGUCUCCUUUGAAAAACUGUGAUAAAUGUGUGCCACAUUUCAUAGAACUGUGUUCCCUGUUGGGGAGAUGUUUGUGGGAAAAGUCGAGGUAAUUUCCCUUCAGUUGCCUGCUUCUCCCCCAUCACCAACAUGUCAUAUCCAUCUCUGGUACCCUUACCUUCAAACUUAAAACAUAAUGUGGAGAAGAGGGAGGAGGAGGAAGAUUUAACAGAGGGUUGGGCCAGCUGUCGAGAUAAUCCAGCACCUUUUCGGAAUGUGUCCAGAAUGAGAAGAAACAGCUUAUGUAGCUGCUUUUUUUUUUUUGCAGUGCCUUUCCCUUGGACGCGUCAACCUGUCCUGCCCCCCAGGACUGUUUCCUCUCUCCCCUCUUUGCUCCCCUCAAGACACAUUCUCUCUGUCAGACCCCUUGCUUCUUCCUGCCUCCCCAUUCAGAACUCUCCACUUGUCUGAUCGAAACUUCCCACGGUCUGGUUUUUGGGACUGAGAGGAAGCAGGGAGAGAGAGGCUAGAAGCAGGGCUUAUUUAGCGCUGUCCGCAAGUUAUAGUGCAGACAUGUACCUCCUGCAUGUACAUGGACAUACAACGUACACUCACUUUACAGAUGAAACUAGAGACCUGUACCUGGAUAAAUGUGCAGUAUGAAUCACUCAUUCAAGCUGUCUGUGCACUGAAUGUAACAUGAGCAUUAUUCAAUGCACAUAGAAAGGAAAAUCCAGCGUACUUCUGUUUGCUGUAACUUGUGAACAGCACUGCUGCGUUAAGGGGGAGUGUGCCGCUACGCUUCACACACUGGAGAAAAAAUGUGAUGGCAGGAAGGGAAUUUGCUUAAUCUUCAUUACAGGAGCUAUAUAUUCCUCUGAUACUCAGGGCAUUUUAAAAAUGGAACUGCAGGGAUAUUCCUGUGCCUUGAUUCAAUUGAAUGCACAAGGAGCAGCUGAGGCUGCACAUGAGAUGCUUUAAGUAGUGAAAAACCUGCCAAUUUGCUUGGUAAGGGGUUCUGCAUGCAGCUCCAGCCGAUGGUGGACUGGGGAGGGGAACCGUGUGGACAAUGUCAGAUGGGUAAAUGUUGUUGUUCCCCAUGAAAUGAGGGAUUUGUACAGAGCAGCCAGCUUCUGCACACGUGCUGGACUGGGGUCCUAGCUACAAGCAAAACAGCAAAAGCAGAGGUCUCAGGUCACUGUAUUUUGUAAUGCUGCAUAUGCAUGUAUAUGUGUAUGUCACCUAGAUCUCCUGUUUUUCUGACAGAUUUUUUUUUUUGCAAUGCACUUGUCUUAAGCAUAAGAAAUCCAGGCAAGAAAUGGGAGUGAUGGGAGGGAAAUAGCGCUGGGGGAAUAAAGAGCGCUCCUGCUUCUAAAGGGCGCACUACAGAUUCAUACAGGCUUUUAAAAGCGUUUAACAGUCAUUUAAAUCCCCUCCGUCAAAUACAGGAAAUUGUAAUUUGGUGGGGUCAAUGCGAAUCUUUUCAGAAAUCUUUAGUGUGCCUUACCAAUCUAUACUCCCCAGAAGAGAGGGAACGGCUACUGAGGCGUGAUCCCAUUUCAGUCUGUAAUACAGUGUCUAAACCCCCCCCCCUUAUUGAUUCACCCUCCCGUCUCUGCUGCAGUGGGGUUGCCAAAUCCAACUUUGGAAAUUCCUGGAGCUUUGGGGGAGGUGCCUGGGGAGGGCUGAUUUGGGGAAGGGAGGGACCCCCGGGGGGGGGGGGUAAAAUGUCAUAGAGCAUAUCCUUAAAAGCAGACGUUUUCUCCAGGGGAGCUGAUCUCUGGAAUCUGGAAUCAACUUGUGAUGCUGAGAGCGCGCAAGGCCACACCCUUUGGCACUGAGGGAGAUACUAAACAGAAUCAAUCCAAGCAGAAAUCUCCCGGGCAAAAAAACAGGAGCCUUUCUAUUCAGUGGCAGGAGUGAGGGUGGGGUGGGGGUGAACGGAGCAGCAUAGCAGGCAAAAAUUCAGCAGGUGAUGUUUUUUCUAUCAUGUAUCUUUAUGCAGACCUCAGUUAUUAAAUUUUCCAGUUAAAGGAGCAGGAGUUCUUGUUAGAGGGGAAAUGGUGUUCUUUCUGUGUUGGGCUUGUUCUUGAACUCUAAACCAGGUAUUGGAUGGAAUAGAUACCUCCACCCAAUCUGUACACAUACACACAGAAACCAUGUCAGAUCGGGGGGGCAUUCAGCGUGGCUUCCCUGACUUGCCCUGCAGUUUCCCAGCACUGGCCAGAGUCAGGAAGACAAUCCCAGGGUAGUUUCCGGUAACUGCAUGUGCUGAGUCAGCCGAAAGGCUCGUAAUCCUACCACUUCACUUAGCCACUUACGAAGUCUUACUCCAACCACAGGAGACUUCCUCUGAACAGUCUCUUCUGUCACAGGAAGGCUCUGACCAUAGGCUAGAGAAAGGCUUCAGACUGGCCUGACUGGCCUGUAGGAUACAAGCCACAGAACGUCUACCCCAAAAAGGCUGCAUGGCCACGUGCCAGGGUGCAUGCCGAAGGUCUGGUCAUGUCCUGAAUGGUUAAAUAAAUGCCUGGAGUGUGGUUCUGGUCUACAUCAACACAGCGCCAAGUUGUUAUCUUAGAAUUCAUUAAAUGGGAUUAUAAACCGCAAUUCUAUACAGGGGACAUCAUAAUUAGACACUUCUUCAUCUUGGAGAAAUUUCACAGUCUGUACCAAUCAUGUGUGUUAUGUCCAAUUAGGGUUGACAGGUCCCCUUACUGUCCUGCCAGGAGGAGUAGGGGACCCGGCACUCACCUUCUUUUUGCUCACUGCACACCCGCUUUGUGUGCAUGUGCUCCCAGGUCUGCGUGAUGAUGGUCCAGAAGCACAUGCGUGCUUCACACGAGGCUGAUUUGGGCCCCGAACUGGCCCUGUGUCAAGCAUGGGAGUGUUCCAGAUGUGGUGCGAUGACAUCACUCCCGGGAGUCACGUCACUGUGCUGUCCUGUCCUGCCUUUUCCACCCCCAGUGUUACCCAAGCUCUGAGGGAGCAGUUUUGACAUACAGUUUUGUGAACUAGGCUAGUAUUUCUAGUCCACUGGAAUUCACUCUGCUGCUCAUGGGGAACCACAUUGCAGUUCUCAUCAACCAAAAAGAGCUACAUUUUUUUCCAACCCUGGUAUGAAGCUUCAGCCUCAGGGAGGCUCACAUUUCACCCGCUCCUUUGGUGGUGGCUGUUUUGCCAAUUCGAGAUUGAGAAAUUCCUGAAGAUUUAGAGGUGGAGCCUGAAGAGGGACCUCAGCGGGGCCCGACACCAUGGAGUCUGCUGUCCAACGUUGCUAGUUUCUUCAAGGGAAGUGAAACGAUCAAUUGUUCCUUCGGGAGACCUGGAGGUUGGCAUCCCUAGGUUGUUUCAAAGUGGCACCAAGAAGCCCUGCUGAGCAAGAGCAUUGCCAACUUUCCUGAAACUUGGGACAGGUGCCAAAUUGAGGAACACUGCUUAGAAGAGCCACUAGUGGCGUGUCAAAGAGCCCAAGAUGGCUCCCAAGUCACUGAGUAUCACUGUUCUAGAUCUACAGAUGGUACCGUUUGGCACCAAGAAAAGCAUAAAAUGGCCAAAUAUUUGCCAAAGUGCUCUUCAGAGAGGGGAUAGAAUACAUUCUUCUGAUACUUCAGCCCAUACAGUGAACAAGACCAUUGUCUUUAAACGCCUUACGGAGAACUUGUGUUCCUUGGAAUGAGUGAAUCCCCUGGUGUUUUGCUGUCACUCGAUUGCCUGUAAUGGUAGUUCCACUCUUUUUGGAUUGUUCCAUAUGGCCCCUUCCAUGUGGCUACAGUGGCACUUCAUUUGGAGGGGGAAGUGGGAGGGAGAGCGAGCGAGCACACUUGCACAGACCUUACAACCUUUCACUGUCAACUCUUUUCUGAACAACAGCUCCACAGAAGUAAAGGAAAGGGUCGGGUGAGGUCCAUAUUUCUUUCUUUACACGUCAGAAGUGCUUUUUAAA